CGGCCAGUUUAUUAUGUUUUACAGAUUGACGAACAAGAUGAAACUGUUACAGUACAGUUUACAGAAUCUGCGACUGUCAUGCAGGGAACAAAAGGAAGUCAAAUUAUCACUAUCACGGAUAAUGACCUGUCAGAGGUUCGGUUUAAAGGUGCCGGUACCAUGACUAUCGCUGAAAAUUCAGCAUCUAAUAAUAUUACUGUGGAAAGAACCAACAGUGACUCGACAUCCCCAGAGGUUAACGUUACACUGUCGAAAACACCCGAUGGCACUUCUGAUGCUGAUUUCAACAUUGCAGCUGGACCAAUACAAAUUGUAAUAGCUGAAGGUGCAGCAGAAGGGACGUUUGAUCUGGCUGUCAUUGAUGAUGCGAUUGAUGAACCAAAUGAAAAUCUUGACCUGACCAUUGAUGCCUCAUCGACUAUAUCGACUGCAUCACCUGCAACAUUGACCGUCACAAUCACUGAUGAUGACAAAUCAAUAAUAGAGUUUGAGAACGCAACAAUGACAGUUGACGAGGGAGAUGGCACAAUCACAAUUUCGCUUAAGAGGACAAACGCCGAAUCCAAUUCUCCUAGUGUCACAGUCACGUUGUCUGCUGCAGAUGACACAGCCACUGAUGGAAGCGAUUAUUCUAAAAAUAGUUUAGCAGAUGUCACCUUUGCAAUAGGUGUAGAUACGGCCUCAGCAACAAUCAGCAUUUUACAAGAUACUAUAGACGAAGCUGAUGAAACCUUUACAAUAACCAUUGCUCCAACUACCACAGUGCAACGUGGAACAAAUUCAGACAUCACAAUAACAAUUACUGACGAUGACCCGUCAAAUGUGAGUUUUAAAAAUCCAUCUACCCUGACUGCCGGUGAAGAUUCUGGAUCGAAUACUAUUACUGUGGAAAGGAUGGACAACAACGCGAAUUCUCCAGCGGUUACCGUUACACUGACUAAAAAUCACGUUGACACUAUUGAUGCUGAUUUCACCUUUGGAACUGACCCAAUAGAAAUUAUAAUACCUGCUGGUCAAGCAGAAGGGACAUACAACUUGGUUAUCAAUGACGAUGAAAUUCAUGAACCAGAUGAAAACUUUGAGCUGUCUAUUGCCUCAUCCCAGACUGUAACACCUGUAUCACCUUCAACACAUACCACUACAAUCACCGAUAAUGAUAAGUCGAAAGUGGAGUUUGAUGCCUCAUCGUCAACAGUUGGCGAAGGAGAUAGUACGAUCACGAUUCAACUUUCGAGGACAAACAUUGAAUCCAAUUCACCCAGUGUGUCAUUCACUGUGACUAAUACAGACCAGACAGCGACUAGUCCAGACGAUUAUGAUGCAACUAGUAUAACAUCUGCAAACUUUGCAGCUGGUCAAAGUUCUACAAACUUCACAAUCGACAUUUCGGAAGACAUUUUUGACGAAAAAGAUGAAACAUUCGAAUUAAAUAUUCCAACAACAGCUACUGUGGAACCAGAAGCAAGAGGAACUAUACAAAUUACCAUAACGGAUAAUGACAAAUCUAUAUUUGAGUUUGACCAAGCAACAUCCUCUGUAAACGAAGUUGAUCAAAGCAUCGACAUAUUGGUCCGAAGGGCAAACAUUAAUGGAAAUGCACCUGGUGGCAGUUUGACUUUCUCUCUGACACCCGGAACUGCAGUUGCUGACGACUAUAGCCUUACAACAGCCACGGUGAACUUUGGUGAAAAUGAAGCUACCGCAAUUGUGCCUGUUGAUGUUACCGAUGAUGCAAGAGAUGAACCUGAUGAAACCUUUAAUAUCACGUUUACCACAGAUGCGAAUAUUGCUGCUGGAACGCAGUCAUCGUCAGAAAUAACGAUCAUUGAUGAUGAUAAAUCAACGUUUGCCUUCGACGCUGCUACGUACAGUGGAAAAGAAGACGAAACUGUAACGGUAACUGUUGUCAGGACUGACACAAUGACAGGUACAACGUCUGUUGAUGUUCAGUUUGAAGCUCAGUAUUCCAAUGGAGAGGCAGUUGAUGCUGACAUUGUUAGUGCAGUGCCCCAAAUUCUCACCUUUGACAGCGGUAUCACUACCCAGACGUUUGAGAUAACAUUUAACGAUGAUGGGAUUGUGGAGAAAGAUGAAGUAUACAAUUACACAAUAAAGUCAUCAUCGGUUUACGAUAUAGCUGCCCAGAGUUCCACUACAAUUACAAUUCAAGACAAUGAUGUUUCGCAAGUUAAGUUUAGUCAAUCAGAAAGUACCAUCGGCGAAGCAGAUGGAACAGUUAGCAUUACGGUUGACCGCACCAAUGCUGAAGCAAAUUCGCCUAGUGUUACUGUGGAUCUUGAAUUUGGUGCAGCCGGGCUUGCCACUAAAGGGGUGGACUACACGGAACCUACACCAUUUCAAGUGACGUUUGCCGAAGGGGAGAGUACUGCAAAUGUUAAUAUAAGCAUUACUGAUGAUGAUAUUGAUGAGCCAGAGGAAAUGUUUUUGGUUGCAUUUGGUACAAAUCCCAGUCUGUACAAUGAGCAUACUUUCACGACAAUAGGUGUUAAAAUCACAGAUGAUGACAUUUCCUACUUUGAGUUCGCUAGUAAUACCUACUCUACAGAUGAAGACCAGAAUGUUACGAUUACGAUCAAUCGGAAAAGCCCUGUUGGUACUGUUAGCGUCAUUGUUAAUCUUGCUCUCGCCCAUGUGACGACCACUGCAGCUGACGUGGUUUCAUUUCCAUCCACCGUUACCUUCCCAGCAGGAUCUGCUUCACAACAAUUUACUGUUAAUAUUAUGGAUGAUACUGAGGAUGAAGCCAAUGAGACAUUUACUUUUGUGAUAUCAGAGGUGGCGAACGUGUACAAUAUUGUACCUGGUGGUGUGGGAACUACUACCGUCACAAUAGUUGAUAAUGAUGUGCCAACAAUCUCACUGGAAAAUCCACGUCCAACGUAUGAAUCUACUGGACCACUGGUUGUGACUGCGACUAGAACAAACGGAUUGAUCGGACAAAUCACUGUCGGCCUUACGGUAACUGACGGCACCGCUGUGGCAGGACAAGACUAUGUGGCUCCAAGUCCAGCUCAGAUCGUGUUUGAAGAUGGAGAAGCUAGCAAAUCAAUUGACAUUGAACUUAGAGAUGAUAUUAAUCGUGAGCCAACAGAAUCAUUUGUUAUUGCUAUUGUUGAUGAUGCAGCAUCGUUUAAUACAGGCACCCCGAAUCAAGUAACGGCUAACAUUCUGGAUGAUGAUGGACCAGCUACAUAUGACUGUCGAAGACCGGGCCAGCAAUCAUGUGCAAACAAUGCUCAAUGCAUUGAUGGAGUCUGUGACUGUGGUAGUCUAAGUCCCCAACGAGCAGGCUACAAGUGUGACUAUUUGAAAGCUAACGUGGAUCAGUCUCCGUGCACUUUGUCUACCUGCACGGAAUUCGGAACCUGUGUUAAUGAUGCAGGAACGGCCAAAUGUUACUGUGAUGCGGGAUAUGAGGACCCUGACACGUGUACAACCGCCAGAUACCAGGUGAUCUGUGGAGAAAAUGACAUGUCGAUUCAAAUAAAGCCAAUUGGAAACUUUGUGGGGAAGGUUUAUGCCCAUCAAAAGGAAGAUACAUGCACAUUUGACGAUAAGGUUAAUCAACAAGGGAUGCCAUCUAGUUUUACGGGUGGAAAAGCGAAGAUCAUACCAAAUGAAGAUACAGCAUGUGGAAAUACCCAAAGUAUUGUCAUGGAUAAUAUACUGCGUGUAUCUCGCCUCAUAUACGUGCAGUACAAUGUCGACUUUCAAGCUGUGUAUGAUGAAUUUGUGAGAGCAAGAUGCACGUUUGAUUUGACAAAGAAUGUCACACUGGAGUCUGUUAUCAGUCCAGUUACAGUGAGGCAGGGUGACGUUGUUCAAGCCACUGCCCAUGGUGAUCUCAAUCCGCUUGAUCUCGGUGUAACGAAAGACGGAUCGGCGAUUACUGAUAGCACACCUAUCAAUAUGGGAGAGCUACUGAUAGUCCGCCUGUCUGUUAGCCCAGCAACACAAUUUGGAGCUUUGCUGGUUGUGGAUGUAACAGUUGACAACAACAUGGCUGGUAAUGAUCUCAUUUCGAUUGAAAUUGUUAAAGACAGUUGCUACAGGGAUGUGGCUGGUAUUAUGUCUCCUGAAUCUACUCUGAUGGUUACACCUCAGAAUGGAGCACUUCAAAUUCAGUUUGAAUUUCGACCUCCCAAAUUUAAAAAUUCCAAUGAUGUCAGAAUACGAGUUGUUGCAAAGCUCUGUCCUACAAGUGACACAUCAGCAUGCGAUUUGCCAACUUGUACCAACAAAAGAAGAAAGCGAUCAACUGACAAAUUCGGCGACAAGACUGUGGAUGUAGUGUUCAAAGUAUCCGAUGCUCAGUCUGACAAGAAGUUGACAGAUUUAGGUCCGUACAUAAGGCCAGGCUCAUCCGAUAGCUCCCAGGCGAUAACGUGUGAGAACCAAGUGGGAACUGGUGUAAUAGCCGCGAUUGGAAUGAUGGCAGUCCUCCUCCUACUCUUCCUCGUCCUCACCAUUGUCCUCUUCUUCCGUCUCAUGAGACGACCGGCUCACACAAAAGCUGAAGAUAUCCCUUCGUCCGUGACACUACCAACAAAGGUCAACUACAGCUACAGUUAGACCCAUUGCCUUGAACAACCGAUCUUCAAUUUUCCAAAAAACUUAUUUUGUUUUUGUUUAGAACAUAAUAUCUAUCAGAGUGGUGGUUUUAGAAAGUAAUGCUCUUAAUUAGAAAGUAAUAUCUAUAAUGACUGUGAAAUAGAGAAUAAAAGAACAUAUACAACCUUUAUAUCAACGAAAAAAAGACAUGUCAAUUUAAAAUAUCAUGGACUAUGGUUUGCGGAAACACAACUUGUGUUGGAUGACCAUACAGAUUAAGACCAAACGUUUUGUGCCCAAUGGACAUUUCUAUAUUAUUAAUAUAUCAGGCAUGUUACUGUUGACUAGUUAGAGGAAUUAGACAACCAUACCUUUGACUAUUGGUAAUAAAAAUAGUAAGCUUGGAACAGUUUACAGCAUUUCACUGACAACCAAGAUGUUAACAUUCUUAAGAAUCUUUGAAACUCUUUUCACUGAAUGUUUUGAAGGUGAUAAAUAUAUUUUAUGUCUACUAUAUUACGAUAUAAAAAUAUUAUCUUAUCAUAUAGUUGUUUUCCUUGAUUAAUUCUUUGAAAUCAUCAAAUAAAAAACCUUCAUAAAAUUGUUUAAUGCACAUAAACGUCCCGUAUUUUUUAUUUUCAACAUUUAAUAUUUUUCCUUUCCUUUUAACAGUUUACAUGCCUGAUGUUUGUACCUGCUCAUUUACUAGAAUACCAUCAUAAAUCAUAGUGCUUAUUUAAUAUUUUCAUCAAGUUAUUUAUGUAUGUAGCUUUAUUUUGAUUGCCACAUAGUUUCUAACUUACAUUCAACAAUGUUACAAGAUGAGACUUUAUUUUAUAAAUGACAUUGUAUUUGAAAAACAA